AUGAACCAAAACCCUAUUGAGGUUGGCAGUGAUAUGUCGAGAGAAGCAACAGACUGCAACGAGCAGGAAGCUACUGUGGACACGUACGGCAGAGAUAGUAGGCUCUGCAGCGACGUACCAAGCCCACUACAUAUCAAGAAGCGAUUCUCAGUCCAGCCGGACGAUAGUGACCACGAUAUUUGGUCACGAAGCUCUGUCGCCAACGUGGCUUCAAACGCAGGAAUAGCGAGCCCGCCGGAACAGCCUGGAGACGACAGCCCCUUGACGAUUCCAAAGAGGCGAGCCGACGGAAACAGAUGGGCCGCGGCCCAGGUUAUCAGCCGCGGUUCUGGUUCAGCCAUCGCCGUUCCUUCCAAACAUGACAGACAUGCUCCUAGGCCAACGCGGACACCAGAAGGUGUUUGCUUGCGCCAGGCCGACCGCGAUGCUACCCUGUUGGCCGGCGCCUCGAUGGUUGAACAGCAGCGAGCCACAUCCUUAACAAACCCAUGCCAGCUGAAGAACGCCGCCUGCCGUCUUCUUUCACCCCGGUCAAAACGAUCCAGCCUGGUACUUCCAAUACAACAGUACUCUUCGGGGGAUACUGAAGGCUCUGGCAGCGACAAGGCCUGUUUCAUGGUAGAGCCGGUUCUACCAGCCACACCUGAUCCUCCUCGGAGACCGAAAUCGGCGUUUGAGCCUAUGUCGCAUCCUGCUCUCUUGCCGACCUGGUACCACUCAGACGCCGACAGGCCGACGACUCAAGUCUCAUGGCUUCAGACAUCUCGGCCAAAGGACUGUGCUUCUUCUCCAAAUCCUUCACUGCUCCAGACGCCGAUUCUCGCUCCUCACAUCUUCGUAUACCCUGAAACACCCUCACUCGAUGAGGAGACCCUCAGCUUUUGGGCGGCUGUAGUACUGUCCACCCGGAUUUGCCAGGCCGGUGCUGUUGUCCAACAUAUUCAUGACACUGGGAAAGGAUCCGGUUCACCAUCUGCAGUUACACGGUAUGGCUACUUGUACGACGUCUCUCUGGAGAUCCUGCCAACCAGUCAGAGUGCACUCAUCGAAGUUCUUGACGACCCGGAAUGCAUGAACCCAGCACGCCAAAAUCCCGACGACCUGAUACAGGACCUAGAACACCAUUUGGCUGGCGUCGAGACAGAGUAUCUGCAAAUCCGGGUGAAGUAUCGACAUUCUGCGUUUCCUGGAAGCACUGUACUGGCAGCAGGAAUGAGUGAACCAGGAGUCAAACCUGACGUGGGUGCUGAAGGCGUUGUCAACGUAGAAACCAUCCUGCAAACCAUGGCGACUGCCACCAUCCGACGACACACCUCGUCGUCUUUGUGGUCUUGGCGCCCAAUAGGCGAGGAUGACAGCAGCCCCUUUUUUGAGAUGCUCGCUUCUCACUAG